GCUCUCGAGGCUCAAACGACAGUCGAUAUCCAGCUUCACCCAAUACACGACAUCGACCUAACGACCUCACCCCGCCACCAUGUCUCAACCCUCUCUCGCAACCUACAUUGUGAAGCGGCCAUGGCUAAAGAAGAUGAUGAUGCCGCUGUCCAAUUGGUACUGCAACGCCGCCGGCUACAGGAAGCUCGGCUUGAGAGCCGAUGAUUUGAUCCCCGAGGAAUCCGAGGCUGUGCUUCUUGCCCUCAAGCGUCUUCCGCAAAAGGAGGCCUACGACCGUGUUUUCCGCCUCCGAAGAGCGUUCCAGGCUUCGCUCGCUCACCAUCUUCUCCCCAAGGCGCAACACACCAAGCCCGAAGAGGACAUUGCAUACCUGUCCCCCAUCAUCAGGGAAAUCGAGGCUGAGGCACAGGAGCGCGCGGAUCUGGAGAAUUUGUCGAUUAAGCGGAGAUAGAGGACGAACUGCAUGGUUAAAGGGAAGGGCGGAUGUGUACAAUGAUUGGAAUGGUGGUUUAGAGGGACGAAGUGGAACGCGAGCGCCUGUAUAUCAGUGGUCAACAAUUCAAGAAGCAUUAUGAACCGAGUUUCCUGCGUUGUGACUGUUCUGGUACUCUACUCUGCAGAAUGUUUCCGUACAUUACGGACAGGCCUUAUAAUCAAUACCUUUCCAAAGCAAAAUUCUACCAAGGAUUUCUAGAAUCAGGAUCUUUCACCAGGUCCAUUGUACGUCCAAUACUCACCUAUCAAACAAGAUAAGCGGAUUCGAGAACAGUCAAGCUGAUGUCCAGGCUCAAAUAAAAGCGAAAU